AUGAGCGCUGUCGACAUCUUCCCGAACCCGACCAGGGGGAGUCCUGGAGACUACCAGUCUGUGGUGCCCUCUGCGACACAGAUCUUCCCCUCAUCGACAGCGCCAAGCGGGAACCAAGUGAGCGGCGCGACGACGAACGGCGUGUACUACCUUGUUUUCCUCGGCAUUCUCCUCGCCCUUAUCGUCCUUGCCGGCGCCCUCACAAUACGGAGCUAUCGCUCACGAGCACGAUAUCGCACCCAGACCCAGCUGGCGAUUGGGCGCGGCGAUGCCCCGACCAAUUGGUGGGGCGACGAUGUGUGGGGCGUCCCGUGGGUCGGAUGGACGCCGGUGCGCCCAAGGCGCGAACGACGGUGGAUGCCGAUCCCGGUGUUGUUUGACGCUGUUCCCGAGCCGGAGAAAGAUGGCUUAAAGGAGGAAGAUGUGGAGACGGAAGUUUGGGACGACAUCCAGCCAUUAUCCGUCCAGUCCCUUCUGGCCCCCGAGCCCGAGCCCGAGCCCGCUUACCCAGCUCCGCUUCCCGAGCCGCCGGGCGGCCGCCUCCGCACCGCCAGGGUCGGCUUCAGACGGCACAUUGGUCUUGAUGUCAUUCCCGCGCCACAGGACCCACCACGGCCCACCCCGCGCGCACCCGAGAUCAACCGUUCCCUGUCCGACGGCGAGCCGGUGCGAAUCGCCGUUAUGGUGCAGAUGCCCACCGAGUGCGACGUCGUGUCGGCGCUCAGCGACGACGACGAGAUCGCUUGGCAGCCAGGCAUGGAAAUCGGUGUCUGGGAGGGCAUAGUGGCCGGCGGGACGAUGAGUAUGAGCCGCGACGACAACGCGCCGAGUGAGUUUACGCAAUACGUUCCGCCCGCCGGGCCACCUCCUAGCGACCUCCGUCCUUUCAACCCUUACGAUCUCAACACUACCUCACAUAUGCCAAACACUUUGAACCGUUACGAACGUCCGUGCGCACUGUCCCUCGACACAGGUGACGCAGGGAGCGGGAGCACGUUAUGGACGCCCGCCAAGGCUGUUCCUUCGUCCAGUGCCCUGUACCCCAGAUCUGAACCGAUGGAGCCCCCACCCGAGACGCUCCAGCCCCAGCAACCUCAGCCGGAAGCACAGCUCCCUCUAGGAUAUGUGGCCUCUUCACAGCCUGACGACGAUUCAAAGAGGUAG